ACACACACACACACACACACAUACACACACACACAUGAAGACUGAUUCCUAACUGCUGACAGCCACGACACCUCAACACGCACUGGGAGCCACGGAGAAGAGGGACACUGCUGCUGAUCACCGGUGGGAUGGAGGGGGGGGUCGACCGUGUGGACAUUUCCCUUCUCAUGUUGUUCUCCUGUUAUCUGGCAGCUGUUAGUGGAGUUAUGAUCAAAGAUUCUUGUUGGGAUUGGCUGGCGUGCGAAGGGAAGAAGAAAAUGCUCUGUGGCCAUCGACUGACGGCCGCCUGAGAGUGAGGGACACUGGUUUGUUUUUGCAGGAGCUCUCUCCCUGCCGAGGACGGACAAUAUACAUAAGCACCAGCUGCCACUGCCAUGCCUGGAUCAGGAGAUCCCCGACACCAGUAGCUCUUACUGCGACCCCAUCACCUGGGCCCUCUGACGCCCUCAUGACUCCAGGCCGCCUGGCUCCCAGCCACCCCGUCGACAUCCCGGACACUUCCAGGCGCUGCCAACCUGGGACACCCCAGGGUCAACUUUGCCUUUGAUGAAUGGAUCCCGACAGGACUGGGGGCGAAGGAAUGAGGAGGACCAUGUUCCCCUGGUGGAUCUUACUGCUUUUCUCCCAAGGAUUUGUAUUACACAACGUCCAGGGGGAACUUCCGUUUAUUUCGGGGAAUAAUGCCGCCAUGCUGGUCAACUGGAACGCUGUUGACGGAAACAAGAAGUUGUUCGCCAUCUAUGACACGAGCGUCAAUGAGCCGGGCAACAUGUCAUUCGUGAAGGAGACGGUGGACAAACUACUGAAGGGCUAUGACAUCCGACUCAGGCCGGACUUUGGAGGGGCCCCUGUUGCAGUUGGGAUGAGCAUAGACGUGGCCAGCAUAGACAUGGUGUCAGAAGUCAACAUGGACUACACGUUGACCAUGUACUUCCAGCAGUACUGGAGGGACAAGCGUCUCGCCUACGUAGGAAUCCCUCUCAACUUGACCCUGGACAACCGAGUCGCCGACCAGCUCUGGGUCCCCGACACGUACUUCCUCAACGACAAGAAGUCCUUCGUCCACGGAGUCACGGUCAAAAACCGAAUGAUCCGCCUGCAUCCUGACGGAACCGUUCUCUACGGCCUCAGGAUAACGACAACGGCGGCGUGUAUGAUGGAUCUCAGGAGGUAUCCCCUGGACGAGCAGAACUGCACUCUGGAGAUAGAGAGCUAUGGCUACACCACGGACGACAUUGAGUUCUACUGGAAAGGAGGCGAGACGGCUGUGACGGGGGUGACGCGAAUCGAGUUGCCUCAGUUCUCCAUCGUCGACUACAAGUUGGUGUCCAGAAACGUUGUCUUUUCCACAGGUGCCUACCCUCGACUGUCUCUGAGCUUCAAGCUGAAGAGGAACAUCGGCUACUUCAUCCUGCAGACGUACAUGCCAUCCAUCCUGAUUACCAUCCUCUCCUGGGUCUCCUUCUGGAUAAAUUAUGACGCGUCGGCAGCCAGAGUGGCUCUAGGCAUCACCACGGUGCUCACCAUGACAACCAUCAACACCCACUUGAGGGAGACGCUGCCCAAGAUCCCCUACGUCAAGGCCAUCGACAUGUACCUGAUGGGCUGCUUCGUCAUGGUCUUCCUCGCCCUGCUCGAGUACGCCUUCGUCAACUACAUCUUCUUCGGGCGGGGCCCUCAGAUGCAAAAGAAGCUGGCGGAGAAGGCGGAGAAGGCCAACAACGAGCGGGCGGCCAAGUACGACGCUGCGAGGGAGGCAGGUUGUAGGACCGCGUCCCUUAAACGGUCCAAUCAGGUUAAAGGUCUUCGCCACUCACGCUCGGCGGAGCCCCACGGCCACGGGAACAUCCUGCUCACCACACUGGAGAUCCACAACGAAGUGGGGAGCGGCGAGAUCACCACCAGCUUGGCGGACAUUAGGAACUCUCAGUCCAUGGUGCAGUUGGACAGCACGGCCUCGACGCACAUCCAGUACCGGAAGCAGAGCAGCGGCAAUGGGCCGCGUUCCGGCAGCCGCCCCUCUCUGGACCGGUCUGCGCAGAUGAAGCGCAGCCGCCUGCGCAGGCGGUCCUCGCAGCUCAAAAUCAAAAUCCCCGACCUGACGGAUGUAAACGCCAUCGACCGCUGGUCACGGAUCAUCUUCCCCUCCGUUUUCUCACUGUUCAACCUUGUAUACUGGCUCUACUAUGUGUGAUUGGACCGUUUUGUUGAGGUGUUUGGUGUCGUUUCAUUUUUAUUUUCAUUUUGUUUGAUUUUCUUCCUUUUUCUGUUGCUUUUAUACACGAUGGAAUAUGUCUGGAAUUUGUAGAGUUAAAAGACUGAAGCAGCACAAGACAAAACAAAAAAAAAGACUGAGAAAGACGCCCGAGUUUUGGACCAAGUUCUCGUCGAAGUUGUUUUUAUAUUUGAAGUCGUUGAAUCCUUAGUAUUGAGGUCUUUUUAUUUUCUGAAGUAUGUACUGUAACUGGGACUUGUGACCAUUUCCCAACACUCUCCCUCUCAGUAACGUGUAAAUAGACAGAUACAAAGCCAGCAAUUGAAUAAAUGAUACAGUGUUUGCAAAAAAAAAGCCAAACGAAGGAUGAAAACAGUCGAUGCAAAGAUUUUUCUAAUCACAAAAAAACUUUAUACAACACAGGAGGUCUGAUAAGUGCGAACAAUUUCUAAAAACUUCAUUAGCCAAACUAAUGCACGUACGUUUGACUGGUACCCUAUGCACUCUUAAUGCAUGCAAUGAUCAGCCAUAGUGGAACAGUAAUGGCACAACUUUACAGAAGAGACUCUGUUGAUGUGUAUUUGUUUAUAACGUCGAUAAUAUAUAAUAUACUUGCUAUUGACUUUAUGGUUGAUCUGGGGAACCUUUACACAAACACGCUCAUUUAAAGGAGAGGACGUCGCCGCCCUCUGUUCAGGACGACUGUGACUCAGGUUCGGAAUUUUUUGCUAUUUGGCAUCUUGUCCUCGACAAAAGAAGAGUGUCACUGAAAUAUCCUAUUUUUAUUUGUUUUUCGUAAUUUGAUACGUAGAUUUAAAGAAAGAGAAGAAGCACAAAUACGAGUAAAACUGCCAUUUUUCACUUCUAACUUCUCGCAGCGGCGCUUCAAGUGACAGAAUUGCACUCAAAUUGUCUCAAACUUCCUCGAACUUACUUUCAAACAACUGCCAAGGGCCUUUUGGGCGACACGGUUACUCAACCCAUGAAAUAUGAUAGUAUUUUUGUACUCUGUGUCUUCAGGUAUUCAUUUGACUUCUUGUUUUCUUUUGCUCAAUACUAACUCUGCUGUGACGAUGGAGUGGAGGAAUGAAAACCCAAUGUUUUUGUACAUAAGUACAUAGGUGUGUGUGUGUGUGUAUAUACAUAAAUGUGUAUAUAUACUGUGUGUACAACCCAAAAUGAAAAGGAUCAAAUAUGAAGAGUUUUGUGAGUGUCAUGCUGACGAUUAACUGUCAGACUAUUUAUUACAGAUCAAAAAAAAGAGGUGAGGACUAAACCAGGGGUCGGUUUAGUUUUAGAGUGUCAGCGGGGCACUGAGUUUCUCCUCAAACAUCCACGUUGAAGUUCCACUCCGGAAACUGCGUAUGUUCAAUUCUGCAUUUUUUUUGUACGCUCUGCCGUUCAGCAGCAAGUCACGCAAAGGGAUUUCACUGAUUCGGCAGCCGGACCAGACGCUGACUUACAAGCACACACGCUAGCAUUGAAUGUAUCAGUUCCAUUCUUCAGGGAGAGGAUAAUGAGCCAUGGUCGUCAUUUCUCCAUCAGAAUGUAACACGCCCAUUCUUGCGUUGAGAGUGAUGUAGGAAUAGAGGGGGAUGGCCGGUGCUAUAUAUACACGAGUGAGUGUGUGCAUGUGCAUGUAUGUUUGAGAGCGAAGGGGAAUGGGCAGGGUGAGCUUGGGAGAGGAAGGGCGUGGGCAGACCGUUUCUUUUCUGCGCUUCUUGCUCGACUAUGGACAAAUGUCAGCGUAUAAUAGUAUUGUGGAUAGAAGUAUCUCUCCUGUUACGAUAACCUGUGCCAUUCCACCUGAGGUUGCAGAGCAAGCAACUGGCUCACGGACGAUGAUGUAAAUCUGUCACAGAUCCACGACACACUGUAAUUUGUGCAUGUACAAGAAUCCAUGUAGAGAAAAAACUGGCUGUCGGUAUGUACAAGAGUCACUGACUGUCAGAGUUGGGAUCAAUUUAACUUAGAAAAGAAAAUUUGUAAAGUCUUAUGUGUAAAGUGUGAUAUAUGACUAGGAACUGAAUGUAUUGUACUUGGAUUGUUGCUGCAUUGCAAAUGCAAUUGACUUUGUGGAAACAGGAUUGACCUCAACCCUGAUUAAUAUAGGUCUCCAGUUGAUUCCACGUUCAAGUGACCCAGAGUGCGUCGCUGGUUUCUUGUCCUGUUUUCUACCGUGUAGAUGGGGCAAAGUGUGAAAUCCACCUGGAUUCAACAGAAACGAAAGUUCAAAAUAGAAAAAACACCUUUAUAUAAUAAACCAAAACUAGGAAGCCCAUAGUUAAACCACAUGUAAAUCUGUACUCUGUUUACAAAUCACAAAUUCACAAUCCCUUCUCCUGUUUUGUAAGAAAACAAAACCCAUCGGCACUGAUUGCAAAACAGUGGCACAGAUUUAGCAGUUGGCUCUUUGAUUUUUUGUUCUCCGCCGACCUUUGAGGGGCUUUUAGCAUCUUUCUGAAAAUGUGUUCACCCACGACGUGAAGUGACUCCUCAUUUAUCAUAUGAACUUCUGAACCUUGUGUACCGGUGAUUUGAAAGAACUCAGAUUGUUGCAGGCUAGCAACAAAGUUUUCAUUUAAAAAGUCAAUUCAUAAAAGCAUGGGAUAUAUAGAAAUUCAAAACACGCCUCUCCAGUGUGUUCUGUCCGCGUUCCGCCCGAACACUCAGAAGAUGACUCCACUUUAGUUUUAUGUGCAAAGAAAUUGGUGACCUCACGAAUUCAAGUCUCGGAACCAGUUUGUCCAAGAGGAUUGAAGCUGCUCUGAGUAGUUUGGAGGUGAACGUUUGUACCCACAAAAUGUCCAAACAGCAGAAAAAGCUUCAGUGUCUUGUAAAGAAAAUAUAAACAGACAGAUUGAUGGAACACUGGAGCUUGAAAAUGUCUGUUUCGUAGUGCAAGUCACCCAAUCUCCCUGGUUUACUGGUUUGCUUUGAGUCAUGUGUCGAGAUUUCAAGCAAGUUUCUGCAGUUGAUCCGUGUUGGAGACGUUUUUAUUUAUGACCAAACUACAUAGUGCAGGUGAAAGGUCAAAGAGGAGGCAACUUAUACAAACUCUGGAUACUUGUUUAUCAUGCAUGCGACUACAAUUUGUAAAAAAAAGAAGAUAUUUUGCAAACUGACUUGUGCGAGAGCUGCCGACUGCUCAUUGUAGAGACGACAUGAUGCCAUGCUAAAAAGAAAAAGACAAAAAAAGACUUCAGGUGUUGUAUGGCCUUGGUCCCAUAAUGGAAUGUGAAAUGUUCUGUGCUGCCACAAAAUGUACUUAGGCUUAGAUUUAUACUGUAUAUCUCUGUAUGUUUCUCUUCCUUUUUCAAUAGAUAAUCAUGUGAAACCAUCAAUAAAGGAAAUACAUUGUA